GCUAGAACUAAGUAUCACGUAUCGAAAGAUGGUACGAGCGCAGGGUCAAUCCCUAAAACGCACGACUCGGCCUCGUCUUUCUCGCAAGCAUUCUUCGUCCGAAUCAUCUCAUUUCUUUUGUGCCGAAAGGCUUCGUCAUGGUCAGGUGCUAUUCGUACCAUCACUAUGGUGUACACCACAUCUCAGUGCUCACAGACGGCCUGCGAUCGUCGUGCGGCAUUUCGGCCGCCGCAUCGCUUAUCUGAUUAGAUUCACGGCGUCCGCUCUACGUGUCUGGUCGGCGUUGUGGAGAAAGUGUCCACGGCCUCUAUAGAAAGCCCCUGUCGACCGCCAGUUAUAAGCAUGCUUUGCUCACAGCAAUGGAUCCUUUGUGCCCUUAUUUCUUCAGCUGUUUUCCUGCGUAAUGUCUGCGACUCAGCUCCUCCCUCUCGUCGACUUGAUCACCAACGCCGUUAAGGUGGUUAUCGCUGAAUAUGACAGAGUAGGACAACCUAUUCCUGCUCUUGACGAAGCCGUAGCUGGACCGUUUGAUGAGGCAAAAGGCAUCACCCCUGACCUCUCCACUGCGGUGAAGGUUAUUGAAGCUGCGUGCGCCCAGUUGGCCUUGACUGUGGUGCCUCCUUCGUAUACGAUUUUGAUGAAAGCAACCUCAUUCCAGGAACCCGCGUGCUUAGAGUUUGUCAUCUACGCUCGAGUGGCCAACCUCCUGCAGAAUAAGCCUGAAGGGGUCCACGUCGACGACCUAGCAAAGCAGUCUGGCCUGGAUGCAGAUAAAAUUGGGCGGGUCCUCCGAAUGUUGGCGACGAGGCACUUUUUCAAAGAAGUGGGGCCCAACGUAUUUGCCAACAACCGUCUCAGUAGGGAGCUCAUAUCCGAAGAUGAAGAUCCCAGCAUGCACGCCCACAUGACGUCUCAGAUGAGGCCUGCUUCCUUCUUCAAGGAUACUCUUACCGAUUCUAAGACGGCCCAUUCCAAAAGCCCGAGUGACAACUCCUUCACGCGUGCAUACGGCAUGCCUGCAUUCGAGUAUUACCAACAUGCGCCCGCUCAAGAAUCGAGGAUUUUCCAAAAGGCGAUGGCGGGUUAUAGCAAUUUGAAAGGGACCCAUUUACUACCUAAACUGUACAAUUGGAGCUCCUUGCCGGCUGGCAGUACCCUCUGUGAUGUCGGCGGUGGCAUGGGCCACAUCGCCAUGGAUAUCUACCGAGAAUUCCCACAACUUCGCCCUGUCGUCCAAGACCUGCCGAACGUUAUCGAGCAAGGCCGUGAGUUCUGGAAGAAGGAAUGUCCGAGCGCGAUCACCAAAGGCGACGUGUCUUUCGUUCCACUCGACUUCUUCAAGGAGACCCCUGUCCAGUUCUGUGAUAUCUACUUCCUAAGCUACUGUUUGCAUGAUUGGCCGGACGCCCAGUGCGAGCAGAUCUUGACCAACGUUCGCGGCGCAAUGAAGCCCGCCAGUAGACUUCUCAUUAACGAACUCAUCGUGAAGAAUACCCUUCGGAGCUCGGGCACGACCGGAGGAGCCGUUGAACAAGCUCCUGAACCGCUUUUACCAAACUAUGGAAUGGGUGGUCUGCGCGCGUACGCCCAAGACUUCUUCAUGAUGUCCUCCUUCAACUCGAAAGAGCGUACGUUUGACGAGUAUCUUGCUUUGACGGAGAAGACUGGGUAUAAGUUCGUUAAGCUGUGGGAAAUUGGUGAUGUGAGCCUCUUGGAGUUCGCUCCCGCUUGA